AUGAAAAUAACAAUCGUAUCGUUGCAUUAUCAUACUUGGCGUCGUGUUCCUACCAAGUACAAAGAUGAUUUAUAUCCCGAGCUAGAAACUUAUUUUGAUCUUAAUAAAUCCUAUGCUCAACGACAUUAUUUAGAGGAUAAAAUGGGAAUCAAGCUACAGCAUAUUGAGGGUUUGAGACAAAUGCGCUACAAAGAAGGUUCGGGUUGGUGUACAAAUCGAGCACAAGAAGAUUGUGAGAAAAUUCAAGAGGAAUAUGAGAAAAUGCAAAACGAGGAAUGA